AUGGCUGACUACGAAGGGUAUUUGCUCCUCCACGACGUUGGUCGACAGGCGGACCCAUUGUAUUUUGAGCUCAAAGGCGGCUUGCUGCAAUUCUAUGACAAGAAGGAUGGACGCUGGAUGGGUCAGUUCUAUCUCACGAGACACCGCGUGGUGGUGCAACCCGUUGACCACAGUCUCACACCGAACCGCUUCUGUGUCGAGCUGAGUCCCGUGCGCUCUGUACACGACACGGAGCGAUCGAUUCAGCACUUUCGACGCACGCGACUUAUAUUGGGCGCGUCUACACCGGAAGUCCAAGGGCAGUGGAUUCGCGCUCUAAACACUUGGCGGCGUCGUAAUUGGAAGGACACGACCGUGAUUGCUGCCUUUGACGACGAAGCCAAGGCGCUACGAAUGCUCAUGAUCAUGUAUCGUCUUGAGCUCAAGCUGCUGCGGUUUAUGGACAUGUCGCUCCGCAAGAUAAACAUGAGCCCUCAGCCUACCGACUUGACGUAUGACGAUGCUGCGGUAUCAAAGCACCAGAAUACUUCGUCAGUACUAUGGUGUCAAGAGCCUGUCAGGCGACACGAGUUUAUUCACGAAGCAAAGGAUCAGUGUUCACCACUUGGCUCUGCAAUGGUGGAUGUCCAAAGACUGAGGACAAAAGUGCUGAUUGAUCUCGCUGCUGCCAGCUCGUUUUCGAGCCGCGUAAAUCUAUAA